AUGACCCAGUGCUGCUUACAAUGCGGGGUCGUUCUGUGGCCUAAUCUUCACUCCCCAUAUACAAUACGCGAGCAAGAGAUAUUAGCACAAAAAUAUCCUUAUUGUGACCAGUACCACCACGCUCUAUGGGCGCAGAGACAAGCCCCUUACGCAUAUUGCAAGCUUCCGGGCACGCCCAUAUCUAGAUCUGAACCAGCAGCAGAAGGAAUUAAAAAGCCAGAGGAAAAGCGCCACAGGGUUCAGAAGGGAGUCAAAGAGAACGAGGGUACAGAUGGGAGAAAGGGGAAAGAACACAAGCCGCAAGCGCCAAAACCGAAGGAACAGCCCAAAAAGAAUGCUACACCCAGUCAGGGGGGAAAGCAUAGGAAGAAUAAAGAGCCUGAAUCUGAACAACAGGCCAACAAGGGAGCUGUACCUACUCAAAGAAAUGAGGCCAACAAGAAAGCAGCAGCAGAGUCUAAGCAGAGGCAAAAUGAUGGAAAUAAACCAGAGGAUAAACUGAAAGGGGCCAUCAAACAGCAGGUUGAGUUUAAGUUGGAUAGGAGGGAUGAGGGCAACAAGAAAGCGACUGCAGCUCAGCAAAAUGCAAAGGCAGAAGAGAUGAAGGGAAAGGCGCAUCUUGAGAAGAAGAAAGUGGAGAAUGGAAGGCCAGUACCCGGCACACAGACGAAAAUUGCUGCCGCGGAAAAAGCUGCGGAGAAGGCACGAAGGCUUCACUCUGAAGUUGAGAAGUUCACAAAAUGA